AUGGACCCGGACGAUCCAGAUCGCCAUGUCGCCGAACCCACUUCUCUCACUGGUGCGAUUGCGGGAGCAGAGUUGGCCUCUGGUUCCUCGCAGCAGGUCGAAAAUAAUAGCAGCUCAAACUACAUGGAAAGUCUGGAUCUAUCUCUGCUAGGAUCACCAGACUUUGAUUUUUCAUGCCUCAUGGACCUUGAUGAGACAGUAGAAGCUACGCAAGAACCGGAACAGCUAGGUUUGUGGCAUUACGUUCUCCUCUAUGAGCUUCACACUUACACGAGUCAUGGCGCUUGUUCAGGAACAGAUUCCAUGAUGCUCGAUGCGCCGGCAUUUGAGGCCCCAGGCGUUAUAGAUGAUCUUGACAUAACGCAGAUUUUAACGGGUAAUGCGUUUCAUAACAGCGACCUCCCGGGUACCACUUUAUACCCUGUCCAUGAUGCUCCUCAAUAUCAAGGCCAUGUUCCGCAAUACCAAGUUGGUCUUAACUCGAUGACAUCAGAGAAUUAUCAGUUCUCUGCAGAGACCUUCAACACGCUUGGAAACCCUCCGGGUAAUACAACUACUGAUCAAGAUCGUCGUCUUUAUGAGCUAACAGUUCAAUGUCUAGUUGAGUCUUUCGCCUAUCCUGUCGAGAUGACUCGUAUGAUGCCCGAAGCGCCCCAGUCACCCGGAUUUGGGGACCAGAGAUUUAUCCAGAUGAACGCACCUCCGACGCAAGUUCAUUUUCCUUUGCCACGACCAAGCCGACCAAGACGUCGAGGGCCACUCACGAGAGAACAGGCAGAAGGGCAGGCUCUCGCUCGCGAGAAUGGAGUUUGCAUCCGCUGCCGGCGAAAUAAUAUCACGGUAAUACAUCACUAUUUCCCGGCCAGUUUCGUGGGUGACGGUUAUUCACAAGAGUCGUCUUAG